CGGGCGGACUCGGCGCCCGCCGGCCUCGCUCGCUCCGGUAACGGUCGGUGCGGGUUCAAAUGAGCCGCGGCCGGGCCGGGCCCCGCCGUGACUCGCUCUGAGCCGGGCCGGGACCGGGGUCACCCCGCUCGGGCUCGGCGACCAGGAGGCGGAGGCCGGGGAGAGCAGGAUGACGGUGCUGCAGGAACCCGUCCAGGCUGCUAUCUGGCAAGCACUGAACCACUACGCGUACCGCGACGCCGUGUUCCUCGCAGAGAGGCUGUAUGCAGAAGUACACUCAGAAGAAGCACUGUUUUUACUGGCAACGUGUUACUACCGCUCAGGAAAGGCCUACAAAGCUUACAGGCUCCUCAAGGGACACAGCUGUACCACCCCACAGUGUAAAUACCUGCUUGCAAAAUGUUGUGUGGACCUCAGCAAGCUUGCAGAAGGAGAGCAGAUCUUGUCUGGUGGAGUGUUGAAUAAACAGAAAAGCCAUGAUGACAUUGUUAUGGAGUUUGGUGACUCUGCAUGCUUUACUCUCUCCUUACUGGGACAUGUCUACUGCAAGACAGACCGGCUUGCCAAAGGAUCAGAAUGUUACCAAAAGAGCCUUAGUUUAAAUCCUUUCCUCUGGUCCCCUUUUGAAUCACUAUGUGAAAUAGGUGAAAAGCCAGACCCUGACCAAACAUUUAAAUUAACAUCCUUACAGAACUUCAGCAGCUGUCUGCCCAACACUUGCACAACAGUGGUGUCUAAUCACAACAUAUCCCACAGACAGCCUGACAGUGUCCUCAUGGAGACACCCCAGGACACCAUUGAAUUGAACAGAAUCAACCUAGAAUCCUCCAAUUCCAAGUAUUCCUCCCUGAAUUCGGACUCUUCCAUGUCUUACAUUGACUCAGCUGUGAUUUCCUCAGAUUCUGUCCCCCUGGGGUCAGGAACUGCCAUAUUGUCCAAACAGGCUCAAAAUAAACCAAAAACUGGCCGGAGUUUACUGGGGGGACCUGCAGCUUUGAGCCCACUCACUCCAAGCUUUGGAAUUUUGCCACUAGAAACCCCAAGCCCUGGGGAUGGCUCCUAUUUGCAGAACUACACCAACUCCUCCUCUGUAAUCGAUGUGCCAUCCACUGGAGCACCUUCAAAGAAGAGUGUCAGCAGGAUCAGCCAGGCUGGGACGAAAUCUGUCUUCUCCCAGAGCGGGAACAGCCGGGAAGUCACUCCAGUUCUUGUUGCACAGACACAGAGCUCUGGUCCCCAGACAAGUACAACACCUCAGGUAUUGAGCCCGACCAUUGCUGCUCCACCCAACGCGCUGCCUCGGCGAAGCUCUCGCCUCUUCACCAGUGACAGUUCUACAACCAAGGAAAAUAGCAAAAAAUUAAAAAUGAAGUUUCCACCUAAGAUUCCAAACAGAAAAACAAAAAGUAAAACAAAUAAGGGAGGAAUAACUCAACCAAACUUAAAUGACAGUUUGGAAAUUACCAAACUGGACUCUUCCAUCAUUUCAGAAGGGAAAAUUUCUACUGUUGCACCACAAAUCCAAGCUUUCACUCUACAGAAGGCAGCAGCAGAAGGUUUGAUGAGCCUUCUCCGGGACAUGGGGAAAGGUUAUUUGGCCUUGUGCUCCUACAACUGUAAAGAAGCCAUCAAUAUUUUGAGCCAUUUGCCAUCCCACCACUACAACACAGGCUGGGUGCUGUGCCAAAUUGGGAGAGCUUACUUUGAGCUGGCAGAGUACAUGCAGGCUGAGAGAAUAUUUUCAGAAGUGAGGAGGAUUGAAAACUACAGAGUAGAAGGCAUGGAAAUCUAUUCAACCACACUCUGGCAUCUGCAGAAAGAUGUUGCCCUUUCAGUUCUCUCUAAGGAUUUGACAGACAUGGAUAAAAACUCACCAGAGGCCUGGUGUGCUGCAGGGAACUGCUUCAGCCUGCAAAGGGAGCACGACAUUGCCAUCAAGUUCUUCCAGAGGGCCAUCCAGGUGGAUCCAAACUAUGCCUAUGCCUACACCCUGCUGGGCCACGAGUUUGUGCUGACAGAGGAGCUGGACAAAGCCCUGGCCUGUUUCAGAAACGCCAUCAGAGUCAACCCCCGCCACUACAACGCCUGGUACGGGUUGGGAAUGAUUUAUUACAAACAGGAGAAAUUCAGUCUGGCAGAAAUGCAUUUCCAGAAAGCACUUGACAUCAACCCUCAGAGCUCAGUCCUGCUGUGUCACAUUGGAGUAGUCCAACAUGCACUGAAAAAAUCUGAGAAGGCUUUGGACACUCUGAACAAAGCAAUCAACAUCGACCCCAAGAACCCACUAUGCAAAUUCCAUAGAGCCUCGGUGUUAUUUGCAAAUGAGAAGUACAAGUCGGCUUUACAAGAACUUGAAGAACUGAAGCAGAUUGUUCCCAAAGAGUCUCUUGUUUACUUUUUAAUAGGAAAGGUUUAUAAAAAGCUGGGUCAGACACAUCUGGCCCUAAUGAAUUUCUCCUGGGCAAUGGACCUGGAUCCCAAAGGAGCCAACAACCAGAUCAAGGAGGCCAUUGACAAACGUUACCUGCCCGACGACGAGGAGCCCAUCACCCGUGAGGAGCAGAUCAGUGAAUGUUACCCCUACGAGUCAGUGGGCACAGACGAGUCCCAGGAGAGCAGCAUGACGGACGCUGAUGACACGCAGCUCCACGCCGUGGAAAGUGAUGAAUUUUAACCUCCAAGAGCCAGUGUCUGAGCUUGAGUGUGUGUGACUGGUACUGUCGUGUUGUCCCCUUCCUUGGCAUCCUGGGUUCUACAUCUCUGAGCCAGCACUGUUGUUGUUCUCCACUGACACCACGAGUGCACCUCAGGCCUGAACUCGGCAGAGUUCAUGGCAGUGCAAUACCCAGCUGCUGCUGAGUCUCACUACUUGGCUCUUACACACUUAAGGCAGUGACUGAGGAGAAAAUGCUGGUUUUGGACUCCCCCUUGCUGGAAAAAAAUAUCAUGGAAGAGACUUGUGGUUUGCUGUAUGGAAGCCAGUAGGUGUGGGGAUAGUACUAAUGACGAGGUGUCUUGUUCUUUUUCCAGAAAUGUGUCUUAGUUUGGGUCUUUCUUGGUAAGCAGAGUGCUGAACCUCAUUUCCAAGUUCUCCAAGGACAGUGUUGACAAACAGGCUGUUCAAGACUUUUGCAUAUUGUAGUGUAACUUAAAUGCCAGGGAGUGUCAAUGACCUUACAGCUGCAGUGUCUCCAGUGAGCAGCCAGGACUGGGCGUGUGUCAGGCCACGUGGAGCACCCCUGGCCCUGCCCAGGGUGCAGCUGCAGGAGAAUCACAUUGCAGGAUCAGAGCUUUCAUCAAAUGCUUUCGUGUUCUAACCAUGAGUUAAUUUAUUCACCUGGUUUUGGAAAGGUCAGUGUUUACUUUGUAUUUCCAUCAGCACCACCUUGCUUCAUUUUUUCAUGCACCCCUCAACUUGUUCUUCCCCUUUGAAGAAUAAAAAUUAAUAAAGGGAAAAAUCAAGAGAGAAAUGUAGAUACAAGUGUAAUGUGAAACAUCAAACCCUUAGUCCUGUGAGAGUGGGAAGAUUGGAAGCCUUAAUACAAUCAGAACCUUGGUCAAACACAUCAAAUAAUUGUCUCAGAUCUCCUCAGGUCUGGUUUCACUUUGAAAACUAUUUUGUGAAGUAUGGUCCAAGCAGAAUGCAAAAAUGUGCAACUAUCUGUCUCUUUCCUUAUUUUUUUAAGCUGUUCUUUCAGUUUCCCAUUCUAGGAACACUCUCCUUUCCUCCAGGGUCUGUUUCUGAGAGGAGAAAGCUGUGCCACAUUAGUGAGUCCAAACUGCUCUCUGUAGCAUUCUGCAGCAGCAAUUGGUGCCCUUUGUGCAGUGAUGAUAAAGAAAGUGUAUGAUACAAGCAGUUUUAAAGAGCAAUUUAUGCCUAAUAAAUUGGGAAUGAUAUGAAUUUCA